UGUUACCUCCUUCUAGUCUGUUAUUGUGUCUCGUGGUAGUUUCUUUCUUGAGUGUUUUAUUUUUCCAUUAUGAUGGAAGACAUUAACGAAGUUAAUGAAGAAGAGAUGGACGUCGAGCCAGAACAACAAGAAGAAGGAUCUAACAACCCUGGAAGAAAGGUCUAUCUGCCUGGACAACCAUUGAAUGAUGGAGAAGAAUUGAUUCAUGAUGAGACUGCUUAUGUUAUGUUACAUGAUGGGCAUGCAGGAGAUUCAUGUUUGAGUUUUGAUAUCAUCCCGGAUGGUGCUAGUGUCUUCCAAGAUCAGUAUCCUAUCACUUCUUACUUUGCAGCUGGGACCCAGAGCCAUGCAGCAAAUGCGAACAAACUUUAUAUUAUGAAAGUAUCAAACUUGCAUAAAACAUUGAAAGAGGACGAAGACAGUGAGGAAUCUGAUGCAGAUUCUGAAGACGAAGCAAAAGAAGAACCCAUCAUGAAACAGUCCUUUAUUAAACACAACGGUGUCAUCAAUAGAGUCAGGGUAUCUUUAUUAAAUGAGUACAAAGUCUACGCUGCCGUUUGGUCGGAAACUGGAAAAGUAUCUAUUUAUGAUAUUAGACCUCAUUUAGAACAUCUUGACGCUGGUGCAAAGGAACCUAUGAAAGGGAAGAAGGGUGAAAAAGCUUUUCCAGUUUAUUCGUUCGAUGGCCACACCUCUGAGGGAUAUGGUAUCGAUUGGAGUUCUGUUGAAAAAGGUUACCUUGCUACUGGUGACUGCAAGAAGAACAUACAUAUUUGGACUCCGACCAAUGCGACAUGGGAAGUGAGUCAGAAGUCUCUGUCUGGUCACUCAGCAUCUGUAGAAGAUUUGCAGUGGUCUCCGAAUGAGCCUAAAGUCUUAGCAUCUUGCUCUGUUGACCGAUCGAUAAGGAUCUGGGAUAUCAGGCAGCCCGAUAAGAGCCAGCUAGCUGUCGAGAAAGCACACAGCUCCGAUGUAAAUGUCAUUUCUUGGAACAAGGAAGUUCCCUUAUUGGUAUCUGGUGGUGACGAUGGUGUCAUCAAUGUUUGGGAUCUUCGUCAAUUCAAGAAAAAUGGAGCUGUAGCAACGUUGAAGCACCACAAAGGACCGGUGACGACGGUAGAAUGGUGUCCUGGAGAGAGCUCAGUAUUUGCUUCCGGUGGCGAAGAUAACCAAAUAGCACUCUGGGAUUUGGGCGUAGAGAGAGAGGAUGAAAACGAAGAUCUGAAGGAACUGCCGCCACAAUUGUUGUUCAUCCAUCUCGGUCAAACAGACAUAAAGGAAUUGCAUUGGCAUCGACAGUACCCAGGCAUGAUCAUCAGCACUGCCAGCUCUGGAUUUAAUUUUUUCAAAACUAUAAGUGUUUGAAAUAAUUUAAUUCACGAUUCAAUGUUUUAAUUAUUAUGAACCAUUGUAAAUAACUUGUACAAAAG